AAGAAAUAGACGCAGAGAGUGCGAGAGAGAGGGGACGCGGGCGAAAGCGGUGGAGGGGGGGGUGGAAGCGAGAGUGCGCGCGCACGCCAGCUGGGAAUGUGCGGCGACACGCACGGACACUGACGCCCUUCAGGCCUCGUUCAGCCGUCCUUAAGGCCUCGCUGUGCAGCGACCGACCGACCGCCUGCCAGCCCGCCACCCCGCCAGCCCGCGUGCGAGAGCACCAUCCGUCUGCCGUUGGCCUGCGGGACCCCCCCCCCCCCCCUCGUGCCGAGAUGGAGUUGUGCUUCGUGGAGCCGAUCCUCAGCUGUUACAACAACCAAUACUUGGGCAGGAUGUCCGAAAGCCGCCACCACCACCACCACCCGCCCCACCACAACAACAACCACAACAACAACCACCACCACCAUCACCACGUGAGCGCCGCCGACGGGCCCCUCUCGGCCUACAUCAAGACGGAGCCGUCGAGCCCCGGCUCCCUGGGCGACGCUGCGAGCCAGCCCAGCCCCGGCGAGCUCUCGGACGCCAGCAGCGGCAGCUACACGCGGCACGGCAGCGGCUCACCGACGCCCGCCCACCUCCUGCAGGCGCCGGCCGCCCUCUACUCCCCGCCGCCCGCGCCCCCGGCGACGGCGACGCCUGGCUCGCGGAAGCCCGCCCGCUACGAGCCCGGCGGAGGCCUGGGGGGUGGCCCGGCCGCGGCGGCCGCGGCUGACGAGGGGCAGCCCAGCAAGUGCGAGUACAUGCUGAGCACGCUGCCCAAGCGCUUGUGCCUGGUGUGCGGCGACGUGGCCUCGGGCUACCACUACGGCGUGGCGUCGUGCGAGGCCUGCAAGGCGUUCUUCAAGCGCACCAUCCAGGGAAACAUCGAGUACAGCUGCCCAGCCUCCAACGAGUGCGAGAUCACCAAGCGGCGCCGCAAGUCGUGCCAGGCGUGCCGCUUCAUGAAGUGCCUCACCGUGGGCAUGCUCAAGGAAGGCGUCCGUCUGGACCGAGUGCGGGGCGGCCGGCAGAAGUACAAGCGCAGGAUCGACGCGGAGAACAGCCCGUUCCUUGGGCCCCAGCUGGACCAGCCUGCCAAGAAACCACUGAACAAGAUCAUCUCGCACCUGCUGGUGGCCGAGCCCGAGAAGAUGUUUGCGAUGCCCGACCCGGCCGUUCCCGAGGGAGAGGUGAAGGCCCUCACGACGCUGUGCGACCUCGCCGACCGCGAGCUCGUCGUCAUCAUCGGCUGGGCCAAACACGUCCCGGGCUUCUCGGUGCUCUCGCUGGGCGACCAGAUGUCGCUGCUGCAGAGCGCGUGGAUGGAGGUGCUGCUGCUGGGCGUCGUGUUCCGCUCGCUGCCGUGCGACGACGAGCUCGUGUGGGCGGACGACUACGUGAUGGACGAGGAGUCGUCGCGCGUCGCCGGCCUCCUCGACCUCAACUCCACCAUCCUGCAGCUCGUGCGCAAGUACAAGAGCCUGGCGCUCGACCGCGAGGAGUUCGUCACGCUCAAGGCUAUCGCGCUCGCCAACUCGGACUCGAUGCACAUAGAGGACGGCGGGGCGGUGCAACGUCUCCAGGACGGCCUCCACGAGGCCCUGCAGGAGCACGGCGUGAGCCAGCAUGCCGACGAGCCGCGCCGCGCCGGCAAGCUGCUCAUGACGCUGCCGCUCCUCCGGCAGACGGCGACGCGCGCCGUGCAGUUCUUCUACUCGGUCAAGCUGGAGGGGAAGGUGCCCAUGCACAAACUUUUCCUGGAGAUGCUCGAGGCCAAGAUCUGAAUUGGAGGCGCGGCGUUUCCUUCACGAGCUGCCCCGGCGCACGCGUCCGCGACGAUGUUCGACCACCCUCCCCACCCCCCCCCACCACCAGCUCCCACCACACCGCCACCCACACCGCACCCCACCUCCCCACUCCGCCCGCCCACCCCACAAAACUGGAGCGAUGAGAAGAGAACUUUUGUGGAGGCCACUACCGCGGUGGUGACGAUGGUGGUGACGUUGUUGCCGGCAACGUGCCCGCUGUUUCCCUCUACGCCCGCACCCCUCGCCGAACACCGACCCCCCCCCCCUCCAUCGACCCCCCCACCACCCCCACCAUGUUUUGGGGAGGGGGGGGGGAGCAAAGUCAGGUCGUGCAAGCCGCAGCCGGGAAAGCAAAAUGAUGUUGUCAGGCUAACGGCGAGAUGCUGCCAGCCGCCCUCACCCCCCGCUCUCCGGUGGUGGCGUUGACGAUGGGAGGAUGAGGAAGAGUGUUGGGUCGGAGCGAGCCGGAACCUCGCCACGAUCGACGCUGGCGGCCGAGGCAGUUGCCACGAGGAGUUCGCGGGGAGAGCACCACGCGGCCCACUUCCCACGGCGUCCCUCCCCCACCGCCACCGCCACCCCAGCAAGCGUGGGUUGUCGCCAGCGCUCCUCUCCUCGCUCGCUCCGCGUGGCGGGUACAUUUUAUUAAUUGGAAUGCGUCGUGGGGGUGGCGCUGGGUGGGUGAGGGGGAGCAGGAGGGGUUUGGGGGGGGGGGGCCCAAUUGGCGUGGUGAUCGCGCGCGUGCCCAUAGCCUGAUUUUGGCUGCUUCCGCACGGUGUACACGGAGCCCGGGGAGGGGGGGGGGGGACCCCAAGGGGUCCUCGACGACUCUGGUCGCAAAAAAAGACUUUUACUCACAAAUGCAAUUCGUGUCGCCUAAUGUUCGUCUGAACGUCCGUGUUGAAGACGAGGGGGGGAGGGGGUGGAGGUGCGGGUAGCGUGGUCGUACACUAGAGGUGGAGGAGUGAACCAUUUUCGUUCCCGCGGGGCCCCCGAAUUGGACUCGGAUACCGCCAGCAGCGAGCCCGCGCGGCAGUCUCCCCCCCCGGCGCUGUCCGCAAGUAACGCCGAAUGUCACCGCGGGCGCUCGGCCACCGCCUUUCGGCGCCCGGGGUGAGAAACGUUGCCCUCCGGCGCCCGGAUUAGCGCGGCGGUCCAAGGCCUGCUCGCGGUCGCGGAUAAGUGUCGUUCGCUGGGGGGGGGGGGGGGGGGGGUCGGUUCGUGAAGGGUGGAGGCACCGGGACGCGGGCCAAAGGGUAAUUGGUUUUGUCUUCCACUGCCUACGCGCCACGCGCACGGCAACGACAACAACGCUACUAAGUGGCGGUCACCACGGCGCUUGUGCCAGGCUGUGUGCAUUUUAGGGCCAAGUGAAGUGUCGCAACGUCUCGCCCCUGGGGGGGGGAAGGUCAGGCUCCCGCACCGACGGUUGGUUGCGUACGGCGCGAAAGGUGUUCGGCGUACAGCCUGCGGCUCUGCAGAGAGAUCCUCUGCGUAAUAAUUAUCGCGAGCAAUACAACGUGACCUUUUUUUUUCUCUUCCUCCUCCUCUGGCGCUCCGACUAGAACUUUGAGACGCCUUCCCCCCCCCCCCCCCCCCCCCCCAAAAGCGGCCGCCGUGAGUCUUGUUCUGACGUUCUGUUCGUGAAGCCCUACCCUGGAGCGUGCCAUCGGCGUCAAAUGUCGCUUCGCUCUCCGUUUUCGCCUCUCGUUCCGUCCUCGUCCUCGUCUCUUGCAAAGAGUUGCGUCUCCGUGAUGCCCAAGUAGAAAGGGGGGGGCGGUGCGCACGCUGCGGGCCGUGCGGCGUGUCGUCCGUUGUCGUCCGUUGUGCUUCCGCGUCUGCGCUCCCCCCGCCGCCUUUUUGCCAAAAGCCGCGCUCGCGCCAGGCUGGGUUCAGUACGGUCAAAUAACCGGCACGAGCCGCACGGCGUGGAACCCGUCUCGCCCGCAGUGCGCUCACCGUUGCGCUAGCGCUCGCCCGCAAGCCUGCGACACGCGCGCACACACCGUUCCCUUGGAAAAAUACUGACCUGUACAUUCGUGAUGUGGCGUCGCUGAAAUUGCCCCGGCAACUCGAGGCGCAUUAUAUCACUCCUCAUCUCAAACAUUCGAAGGGAAUCCCACUCCCCCCUCCUCGCCCCCCCCCCCCGCCGCCUCCUCCUCUCCCCAGCCCUUGCUGGAGCUCUGCUCCUCCUGUGCCCAGCUCUCCGCGUCCCUCGCUUUCGCUUGACCGACGCACGCGGACAGCUCGGUCGUUGUGGCAGCAAAGGACCCAGGAGUUGCCGGCGGGGGGUAGAGGAGGAGGGGGGUGGUGUAGUGAAUGAGUGGCCGAGCGGCGGUGCAGUGCUUAGCGCCCUGCGUUCUCAACCAACCCCCGGCGACCCCCCGGAGUUCGAUUCCCGGCCACAGCGAUAUCCAAACCGGUCUUGGGGCCCCCCAAUCUCCUCCGCACCCCACUCUCCUCCACCAAGCCGCACCGGUUCGGCGGGACGGUGAAGCAACGAUUAAAACAACCUCCCGCCGCCGAGCAGCGAGUUGACACAAAGGGCUGUAAUUAUUAGAAUACCUUUAUUGCAACGGUGAUUUCGAGACUUGACUUUUAGGGGGCCCGCCCUUUACAGGCCGUCCCUCCCCCCACGAGGUAAAUUGGUCGGCCGAUUUUGCUCGCUGCUGUGAGCGUGCGUGCGCCGGAAAGCGCCAAGCGCUAGCAGUUUAGCGCAGGAGCACUACAAGCCCGGCGACUCGCGUUCGAUUCCCGCUCGAGGCCGACACCAUUGACGGUUAUCUAAACUCUGUUCUGGGCCUCCUCUAGGUCGACUCGGCCUUAAACGAGUACUGGUGCGGUGUGUAAAACAUCGCUGCUGGGGAGACAAAGGCGGCCGGGCGUGGUGCUGGCCACCCACCCCCCCUCGUGUGCCGUGCCAGCCUUCAUAGGUGCUCGCGAACAGCACUUGCCCCAAAAGUGUGUUAAGGCUACGCGGGGUACUUUGUCUAACGAGGGGUCCCGUGGCGCGCGUCAUCCCAAUGUCCUGGCAAUGAGUGCCACCACCUCCGUCCUCCGUGCUUGAUGAGUAUGGUUGCCCAGCCAUGAAACACGCACUAUAAAUGUUCUAAGUGUUUUCGUUUUGUGUUUUUAGCAAUCGUUUAUAUUAUACUGAGCCAUGCAUAUAAAAAAAAAACUAUGGCAUUCAAUAACUUGACUUCUCCAAAUAUGUAAAAUAAAAAAAAUAAUCAUGUUAAAAUAAGGAAAAGAUUUAAAGCCAAACGGAAACCGGGAAAGGUAUGUUUAAACGACAAAGGACGUUUCUGUGUAAAAUGAAGUGUUAAUUAUAUCGACGUACGCGUGUGUACUGCGUGUGUAUACGUGCCUGCGAGCGCGUGUGUACUGCAUACAUACGCGCCUGCGUGCGCGUGUGUACUGCAUACACACACACGCGUGCGCACGCACGCACGUACACGCACGCGCACACGUGUACUCGUGCGUGUACGGAGCAGAACCGUGCGUCUGCCGGCACGCGUACUCUCGCUUUUAUCCGCCGCUGUGCUCGCGGCGGCCGUCGUGACGUCUGGGCGCCAGUGCUGGCUGACCGAUCCCCGCCGUUGGCCCCGAAACAAAACGCCCCCAACGAAAAUUGAAAAAUGCCAGGAGAGCGUUUCAGAGGCCGGUCGGCAAAACCACCGCGUUGUGGACGGAGAAACUUGGCUCCAGUGUCAGGAAUCCGUCGGCGGGAAUGGCGCCUGCCGAGCGGAAAUAUUCCCGUUGGAACCGUGCGCUGCUGGGCAGGGGCAGCUGCCACUGGGGGAGGGGUGGUCUCCUUGGCCAGGCUACAGAAGGGCAUUGGAACGGUUGAGUUGAGGUGUGAUUGUGAGGCGCUUGCUGAGAGAGGCAUGUUUGAGACGCCCCCGCAAGUUCAAAUCCUUCUAAUGGAUUCCAUCCGCCGUGUGAGCGAUCGGCGCUGUUGGGUAUGGGGAGAGCCCGAUUCGGCUAAAUGCGUCGGCGUGUGGGCACGAUCAGUUGUCGUCUCAGUUCCAAAGUAACGCCCCGCGUAAAACCCGCGUCGGAGAUGACUCGUGCGGACGAUUGGAUGCUUCCCUACCGGCCCCCACUAACCCCCUCCGUGAGCGGCCGUACCCGACCCAGACCCAUCCUCUGCGCUCGUCCGCGAGCAUUCCCCUCUCCCCGCGGCAGUCGCCGCCACGACGCCGGAGAAUUCGUCGCGUUCGGAAAGGGCCCAGAAUGCUCGCUGCAACAAGUUGGCUAUUUUUGCGUGGCUGGGCCCAAAUCCUCCCUGGGCAUUGAAGGAGAAUUUUGUUUUUUUCUUCUGGCAGAAGUGGGGCAGCGUCUACACGAGAAGGUUAUCGUUUUAAAUGGCACUACUGUACAAAUGAAAAUAAAUAUAAUGAAUACGA